GUAUAUAGCAGAUGCUCAAGGGUGACUUUGAAUAUAAAACCCACCGCGCACCAAGCGCCCAGAAGAGCAGAAGAAACCCUUCAAGACAGCGCGCAAAUCUUCCCCUGAUCCUCUUUGGAAAUAUGCAUCCUAACUUGAUGAGCUGGCUGGGGACUCUGGGGUUCCUGCUUUGGGCGCUGCUCUGUCUGGGCGCCCUGACGGAGGGAUACCCGGUGAAACCGGAGAACCCCGGGGAGGAUGCCCCGGCGGAGGAGCUGGCCAAGUAUUACUCAGCCCUGAGACACUACAUCAACCUCAUCACAAGACAGAGGUAUGGAAAGAGGUCCAGUCCUGAGAUUCUGGACACACUGGUCUCAGAGCUGCUGUUGAAGGAAAGCACAGACACGCUUCCACAGUCGAGCAGAUAUGACCCAUCAUUGUGGUGAUACUGCCAUCAGUGUUGGUUUCCACCUCACCGCCGCUGACAUUCUGACCUCUACACAUCCGUCCAUACCUCCAUACCCUCCUGAACUAGACCACCGCCCUGCCUCUGCCCUCCUUUUACCACUAUGAGCCGCCACAUAUAUUCAGCCCCCGCUCCUUAGCCAUCAGCUACAGUCACAACAGCUUAUAGUAUGUGCCAUAAAAUUGUAAAUAGUUUAUUCAGAGUUAUCAUCAGUGAAAAAGUCAAGUGUUGGGGGGGGCAUGUUGAUUGUAUUGUAUAAUUGUGCUAUUAAAGAUUAAUUGUUUGAAGAAA